AUUAAAUUUCUCGGUGUCGCAGAAUUACAUUGCAAGAGUGUAUUCUCUACAUAUUACACUGGCUUGUCCGGGCCUAUUUCACCCUCCAAUCAAACUUUGCUGACACCUUCUAGAAGACGCCGGGUAGCAACAAAGCCCUAAUAAAAUAUCCCGUUAGAGAGCUAUUCUCGAGUCAGCACAGUAUUGCGUAUUAGAUACGGACACUUUUGUGGCCAUGCCAUCCUCCGUGCGAUCCAAUGACCGUGACCAAACAAUGGCCGACGACGCGCCGUUGAAUGACACGGAAAUGCAGGAGCAAAACCCGGAUGAACUAGAGGAAGAGAUUCACGCGGCGGAGUUUGAGAAACAGAGAAUCACAGUUUUGCCAGGCGCUUCCGAGACGGCGGCAUCGUUCCAGUUCGAAGGAGAGGAUCAUACACUAGGAAACGCGCUGAGAUAUAUUAUAAUGAAGAAUCCCGACGUUGAAUUUUGUGGCUACACCAUGCCCCAUCCUUCAGAGACAAAGAUGAACCUUCGCAUCCAAACCUAUGCCUCGACGAAUGUAUUUGAAGUGCUUGACAAAGGAUUGAGUGACCUCAUUGACCUUUGCGAUGUUGUAACAGAGACUUUCACAACUGCAAGAGAUGAUUUUGAAACGAAUAAAAUGCAAUAAUGAUUUAAUCUCGGUGUUUAUUUGAUGAUAUUUCAUAGAUAAAUCCGCGGGUUGGUUCUAAAAAGAAUCUUGUCAGGUAUUUGGAUUGGGCGAACCGGCGUUAUAUCAUAGUGUUAAGACGUUCCUGCUGGGGUGGUACAGGGUAUCUCAGAUGGAACUUCGUUGAUAGAUUGCAACGGAUCGGGGCAGAUGGAGACCUUUGAACCG